UAAAAAAAGGGCUUUGUAAAUAAAAUUUGAUUGAUUGGACAACACCUAGUAAGCAAUACUAUACACAUAAAAAAGUGAAAUACUGUAGAUAUGUUAUCAAAAUGCAAAUCAAGGUUAGACGCAUAGUCCAAAACAUUUUGCAACGUUUACUCCAAACGGAAAACGUUUUGCAACAUAAACAAGGUUGUAUUGGACAAAUUCGGGUAGGUCCCGUUUCGUUCUUUGGUUCCUAGUGAAUACAACCCUGGUCUCAUACUGGUUGCAUUCCAGUCUCAGCUGAUCUCGUGCUGAUUCUAGAUCAAAGUUCACUGUUAACUUUUCAAAUCUCACACAGACACGCAGAACCUUUAACUGGUAUAUCAAAAUGUGCUGCUGAAGCUGUACAACCUUUGACAGCAGCAGUCUGACACUGUAUAUUUCCCAAAUUAAUUGGCUUUAAGCUGCUGCUUUCAUCAGCUGUUGAGAAGCCUCUUCCUGCGUGAAAUUCUUUAACAUCAAGGGAUUCUGUUUGUUUGCGUUUCCUUUGUCUGAGAGCAGCUGUAGUAAACGACAGUGUCUCGUCUUUUCGUCUCAUCCUUGGCUCUUAAUCCCUUUAAAUCCUCUUGCGCGCACACAUAUAUUAUUUAUUUAUUUGGGAUGGUAUUGAACAGCAGAGCUGAGCAUCUGUAGUCUGGCGUUAAACCAGACAUGAUAUCAGCCAACACUUUCAACUCACUCAUUGAUUCUGCUCAGUCAAAGAGCUGCUGUUUUUUUAAAUGUGGAGAACACAAGCGAAAGCCUCUCUGCUGUUCCCUGCUAAUGUUAAUGAAUGGGAAUGAGGAUGGUGUGUUUGUGGUGGAGCUGGAAAGACAUCCAGAAGCAGAGAACAAACCACACAGCUAAUCCUGACUGAAGGGAUUGUUCUACAGAGUGCUGGAAAGCACACAGACAAAUCAACAUCUGUAGCAAUUGAAGUGAAACAUAGACUUUUUCGAGCUUUGUGAUAGUGAUUCUCUGGCUGUCUUGGUCUCCCUCUCCCUCCUCUGUAGGACAGCGAGGCAUUGCUGUCCCUGUCUCGUUCUGAGGGGGGUUCCUAUCUCCCUGUCUCUGGGAAUGAAGACCAAGCGAAGCCCCCCUUCCCGCUGGCUCCUGGUACACUACCACGGAGGAGGCUUUGUGGCCCAGACCUCCAAAUCUCACGAGCCGUAUCUGAAGAGCUGGUCUCAGGACCUGGGUGUGCCCAUCCUGUCUGUGGAUUACUCUCUGGCCCCUGAAGCUCCCUUCCCCAGGGCCCUGGAGGACUGCUUCUAUGCCUACUGCUGGGCCAUCAAGAACCACCACCUGCUGGGUUGGACAGGGGAGAAUGUGUGUCUGGCCGGUGACAGUGCUGGUGGUAACCUGUGUAUUACCACAUCGAUGCGCGCUGCGUCUCACGGUGUGCGGAUGCCUGAUGGCAUCGUAGCUGCCUACCCUGCCAUCCUGCUCACCGCCUACGCCUCGCCCUCCCGCCUGCUCACUCUUUUCGACCCCCUGCUGCCCCUCAGUGUGCUGUCCAGGUGCCUCAGCGCCUACGCAGGUGAGGAGCCCCAGGCUGAGAAGCAGGUGGAGAAGGUGAGUACUCUGAGCAUGGUGAGGAGAGACACAGCCCUGCUGCUCAGAGACUUCAAACAGGGAGCUUCCAACUGGAUCCACUCCAUACUGGACCCCAACAGAGCUGUUGCCAUGGCAUCAACAGACACAUCUUCGUCAGUGAGGAAGAGUGUGUCUGAGGCGUCCAUCAGCUCGCCCCACUCGGACCCCCCUGAGCAGCCCUCUGACUUCUCCCUGAGGAGAGAGUCUCUGAAGAGCCACACAUGCCAGGACCUGGCAGCCCACGCCAACAACACCCCCGCUGCUGCCCCCACCACUCCUGCCCACAAUGCAAUGGUGUUCCCCGAGCGCACGCCUGAAGACGUGAGCUUCUUCCUCUCCAAAGAGGAGGUGGUGUCCAUGUCGGAUGCUCUGUCCUCUGUUGCCAUACCGCCCCCUGAGGGGGAGGAGGGCGUGGCGCUGGAGCACCCUCGGGAGUUCCCCCUGGGCUUCGAACCGCUGCGCUCUGAGCGGCUGGCUGAGAUGAAGCUGGCCACCUCUCCUGUCGUCAGGAACCCCUACAUGUCUCCUCUACUGGCACCCGACAGCAUGCUGAGAGGACUGCCCCCCAUACACCUAGUGGCCUGUGCUUUAGACCCCAUGCUGGAUGACUCUGUAAUGUUUGCCAAGCGCCUGAGGAACGUGGAUCAGCCCGUCACUCUGUGUGUGGUGGACGACCUCCCGCACGGCUUCCUCAGCCUAUCACAGCUCUCCAGGGAGACCAGGGAAGCGGCUAACGUCUGCGUCAACCGAAUCAGGGAUGUCUUUGACCAGAAGGACUCUCCCCAGGAGCCGCGCAUGCACCGCAAGCUGGAAAGGACCAAUCGCGGUGCUUCCUCUGUCGCCACGGGAGACCCAGAGAAGCUCUUUGCAGUACCCAUUCAGGAGGAGGAGCUUCUGGUGGCCCGGGGAGGGGCUAUAGUACCAGAUGGGGAAGGGUUAGUCGGCAUGGCAGCACAGAACAACAUAGACGUUGUGGGAUAAAGGCAUAAUUAGGGGUUUGCUAGAUGAAGAGUGCUGUUUGUCAAAGGAUUUAAAAGAGAGGGAGAAAAGGUGGGAUUUGGGCCAAAUAAAGCCUGGGAGAGGAGAGGAGAAGAGAAGAGAGGGAAGGAAAGACAGCAGGAGGAGGAUAUGCAGAAGGAAGCACCCGUGGGUAGAGUGAAGGAUAGCAAGCACUAAAUGCAACCUCUUCAGCUUUCAAACUCUCACCAUGCACAGCGACAUGUUGCCCAUACUGGUUGA